GGCAGUGGCAGCAAUGCAACACAAUGAGAUUGAUAGACAGUGGAGUAGACUGAAUGUGUCUAAAGCUAUUCAGCUGAUUCUAGAACGAUUGAUUUUGGAGGAAACACAAGUCUUGUCAAUGGAGAUAGCAGGUGAAAUACUGGCCAUUCGUAAGCUGAUCUCAAGUCAGGUGGACAAUGUAAUCAUGCAACAAGCUGAGAUUGUGGCUACUAAGAAGCCCAAAGGCAGACCUGAUGGUCACCCAGCUUUCAACCUUGUGACAAAGACUUGGCUUAUGCUACAGAUGGACAGGAGAAAAUUCAAAUCUGAUAUCUGGCUCCAUUCUCAACCACUACAGAGUCCAAACUCUGAGGGCCUCAUUGAACCUGAAGAGGAGGAAGAUGUAGUGAUUCUAAAGUACAACCAACUUCCUGUCUCAGAUCCCCUGCAUGUACAUGUAUCAGACUUACAGACUCGCUACUCCAAAUGGCUCUCUGAGUAUUGGCAGGGAAUGACCACUAGUGUAAUGAGAGUACCAUUGGAAAGGAGGUGUCAUGGAGUACAAAUUGCUAAACUAUCACCAAACCAUAAAUAUAUUGCAAUAGGAACUGGACAUGGUGACAUAAUAGUGUAUGCAUUAUGGUUUGAGCCAUUCAUAGCAAUAAGAGGAGUUGCAAAUGUGCAGUCCCAGGACGUACCUGUGGUCAGUCUAGAUUGGAGUCUGGACAGCUGUCGCCUUGUCUCCAUCACUGAGGCUGGAUUAGUUCAGGUGUGGUCCAUGCAAGGGACACCAGCUGGUAAAUCACAAUUGAGGUCCCUAAAGCUGAAGACAGAUGGCACUGGUUUCUCACCAUUAUUACUCACAUUGCUCGCUCAACUUGAUGCCAACCAAUCAGAUCUCAUGUUUCAAUCAGGUCCAUUCGUGGAGAAUGAGGUUUUAUCAGAGAUCAGUGUUCCUACACAUGCAAUAUUCUGGUCCAGUCAAGUGUCUCUGGCUGGAGGGGAGACUGGUGUAGUGGUUGCCUUGGAGAGUGGAGACAUAAUGCAUCUACAUAUGCACAAGCAGUUGGCCUCUGCUCAGGAUGCAAGACCCCUGUACAGUGCCAGAAGCGGAGGUGGUGUUAACACAGUGGCCGAUGGAAUAGAAGCUGACCUACUUAGGAGCCAUAAAUACCCAAUAAUACAAAUGUCAACAUGUAACAAUAGGGCCUGGCUUGUUUCUGUUGAUGAGAGAGGAUUCAUCUGUAUUUGGCAGACUUCACCAGACACAGAAUCAAGCUAUGGAUGGCACAGGCCCUUGUCACGCUAUCGUAUAGAGAUGUUUGAGAGGAUGUAUGCUCCUAUACCAAAUUCAACAUCAACUUUACAUUUCUCUGACAAAAAACAGAUAGGAUCUCGGCAAGACAUGGCUCGGGAGCGAGCUAGAAUUGAGAUGACCAUAAAAGGAAUGGGGCUAGGGGCACCUUGGCAUAGUGAUUAUAAUGAUGAACAAUAUCUCAAUACAACUAUAUAUUCUCCACAUGAAGUAACACCUUCAGGGGGAGUAUUCCACAUCAUUGCACGGCAUGCAGACACAAAUCUUCUCUCUACUUAUGUCACAAGGCUUUAUAAACCAACCAAGUUGUACUGUAGCAAGAUCUCAAGUUGUCACAUGUCCCCAUCUGGUGAUACCUUGAUAUUCAUGUUGCUCUACCCUCAGUAUCCUCCUAAAGGAGCACAUGUGACAAUCCUUUGUGUUGAUAUACCAGAAGUGAAAGUGAGGCAGAUACGUAUUCAAGUUGAAAUGUCAGAGAUGCAGUACUCGCAAUGUUCAUAUGAGGAUGCCGCAUGGGCACAGAUUGGCAGAGUUCUUGGUGUUACUGGAUGUGAGUAUGUCUGGGUUAGUAUUUGUGGUGAAAUAUCUGCCUACUCCUUGAAUACGGGACAAAAUGUGCUGCAGACUAUGCCAACAGACAUAGACUACAUUGGAUGUUAUAUAGAACCUGCUUUGUUACAAUGUCCCACAAAUGCUCAUUUCACAGUAGCUGGUACUCUGAACAAAACUCUAGUCAUUUUAUAUGGAGAACAACAGGUUCACAGUAAAAACACCGGAAUAACAAUAUUGAAAGUUGAGGACUUUCACAGCUCUGAGGAGAGAAUGUUGAUGUAUAAAGCAUUCCAAACAUGGCAAGGUCCCAUUAAUGCAAGCUCUGAUGUACGUGUGGACAGUGUGGAGUAUAGCCUCGAGGGGACAUACCACACUUGGGUGGCCAUGAGGAGACUUGUGUUAGAGCACAUGGACAUAGCUCUACAAUCGAUCUUUGGUUCAUUCUCAGAGGAACAGACAGAGGAAAAUACAACCAAAGAUUCCCUUCAGAACUACUUAGCUCUUAUGGAAUGAGGUGCCUUAACCCCCC